UUCAGAUUGCAUGCAAAUUAGUAGCGUCAUUCUUGUGAAAGAAGGACCGAGUGAGAGAGAGAGCGGAGCAGCGCUGCACAUUCCUUGAGAAAGAAUUCGUCGCUUUUCUUCUCUUCCACCCGGCUUGCAACAAAGUAGCUUCUCCGCUGCGCUUAGUUCAGAUGCUACAAGGAGGCUAUCUUGGUUUUGCAGGGAAGUUGGGAUAAGGUGUAACCCCCAUUGUGGAAAGCGGGAAUUUUCCUCUUUUCUGGUUGCAUGUUUAAUAGUGCGGUUUGGGAUUGUAAGUGAGGUUGAAAUACCCCUCUAAAUCAUAUUUUUUCACCCCCUUUUUAAUUUUGCGAUCAUGGGCACGCAGAGGAGACGGACUAUAAACUUGUACGGGUGGGCAGUGAUCAUAGUUGCGGUUUUGAAUCAGCGUUGCUGUCAUGGAAGUUGUACGGAGAAAGAGCUGGAGAAACGGGAAGAGGAGGCGAACAUCGUUCUCACCGGAACCGUGGAGGAAAUCAUGAACAUGGACCCGGUGCACAACACGUACUCGUGCAAGGUGCGGGUUUGGCGCUACCUGAAGGGCAGGUCCAUGGUGAACGGCGAGGUGCUGCUGGACGGCGGGAACAAGGUGAUGAUCGGGGGCUUCGGCGACCCGGGCAUCUGCGACAACCAGGUGGCGACGGGCGACACGCGCAUCUUCUUCGUCAACCUGGCGCCGCAGUACGCCUGGCCCGCCCACCGGAACGAGCUGAUGCUGAACUCCAGCCUGAUGCGCAUCACCCUGCGCAACCUGGAGGAGGUGGAGCACUGCGUCGAAGACAAGCCUGUGCACUUCACCCCGGCCCAGGCUCCUGAUGGCUGCCGCGGGAUGCUGUGCGGCUUCGGGGCGGUGUGCGAGCGGGCCCCCGGGGACCCCUCCCGGGGCGCGUGCGUGUGCAAGAAGACGGCCUGCCCCUCCAUGGUGGCCCCCGUGUGCGGCUCCGACGACUCCACCUACUCCAACGAGUGCGAGCUGGAGAAGGCCCAGUGCGUCACGCAGCGGCGCCUGAGGGUGGUGCGCAAGGGGCCCUGCGGGCUGAAGGACCCGUGCAGCGAGGUGACCUGCAGCUACGGCAGCACCUGCGUACAGGCGUCGGACGGGCAGUCGGCCAGGUGCGCGUGCCCCCAGAGCUGCGAGGGGCGGCCCGAGCAGGUGGUGUGCGGCAGCGACGGGCAGGACUACCGCAGCGAGUGCGAGCUCCACAGGAGCGCCUGCGACCUGCAGAGGAACGUCCACAAGCAGCACGCGGGCCCCUGCGGUGAACCCUGUAAGGACAGGCAGAACAGCCUGAGCGUGGGGUGCCGGGUGGAGCCGCGCACCCGCCGCCCUCUGACCUUUGCCCCCCCGGAGUCGUGCCCGGCGGACGCCGAGCCGCUGUGCGCCAGCGACGGGCACACCUACGACAGCGAGUGCCGGAUGCGCCGCAGGCAUGCGGCGCGACCUGAGAAAGAACCCAAAAAAAUGUCACUACGCACAUGUAAGAGCAAGAAGGAGUGCCGGGAGGAGUGCCAGUUCAACGCGGUGUGCCUGGUGGAGCGGCUGGGCCCGCGCUGCUCCUGCGAGCCCAUCCAGUGCGACGGGACGUACCGCCCGCUCUGCGGCAAGGACGGGCGCACCUACGCCAACGACUGCGAGCGCCAGCGCGCCGAGUGCCAGGCCAAGGCCCACAUUCCCAUCAAGCAGCAGGGCCCCUGCGACCUUCUCACCCCCAGCCCCUGCCUGAGGAAGACCUGCGAGUUCGGGGCGGAGUGCGUGGUGAAGGACGGGGAGGCGGCGUGCGAGUGCCCGGACGCGUGCCCGCCCGGCCAGGACCCCGUGUGCGGCACCGACGGGCACACCUACGGCAGCCGGUGCGAGAUGAGGACCCUGGGCUGUGCCCUGCAGAGGGAGAUUCAGGUCAAACACAGAGGCCCCUGUGCGGAGCCCUGCCGGAACUGCUCGUUCGGGGCGAUCUGCGACGGGCAGACGGGGCGCUGCGUGUGCCCCACGGAGUGCGUGCCCUCCCACCAGCCCGUGUGCGGCACCGACGGCAGCACCUACAGCAACGAGUGCGAGCUGCACGUGCGGGCGUGCACCACACAGCAGGACCUGAGAGUGGCAGCGCAGGGAGAGUGCAAGCUGUGCGGGGGCGCGGUGUGCUCCUGGGGGUCCCGCUGCGUCCGGGGCGGGUGCGAGUGCCCGCAGUGCCCGGGCGAGCCCUCCUCGCCCGUCUGUGGCAGCGACGGCAUCACCUACGACAGCGCCUGCGAGCUCCGCGCCACGUCCUGCGUCCUGGGGCAGAGGAUCGAGGUGGCCCGCGCCGGCGGCUGCGACGAAGAGUGCGGUUCCGGGGGUUCUGGGUCCGGGGCGGAGGGCGGCUGCGAGCCGGACCGCUGCCGGACGUUCGGGGGGUCCUGGGACGAGGACGCGGAGGACGACCGCUGCGUGUGCGACUUCACCUGCCAGAGCGUCCCGCGGAGCCCGGUCUGCGGCUCGGACGGGCGCACCUACAGCAGCGAGUGCGAGCUGAAGAAGACCAGGUGCGAGAGGCAGGAUCACCUGCUGAUCCAGAGCCAGGGGCCCUGCACAGCUUCGGCCACACCCCCACCUGGCCUGACCCAGGCCCUGCAUUGCAGUCAGACGGUGUACGGUUGUUGCCGUGACAACCUAACCGCCGCCCUCGGAGUGGGCCUGGCAGGAUGCCCCGGCACGUGCCUGUGCAACCCGUACGGCUCGUACGGGGCCGCGUGCGACCCCGCCAGCGGGCAGUGCUCCUGCAAGCCGGGCGUGGGCGGGCGGAAGUGCGACCGCUGCGAGCCGGGCUUCUGGAACUUCCGCGCCAUCGUCACGGAGAACAUGAGCGGCUGCACGCCGUGUAACUGUGACCCGGCGGGCUCGGUGCGGGACGACUGUGAGCAGAUGUCGGGCCUGUGCUCCUGCAAAGCGGGGCUGAAGGGCAUGAAGUGCAGCGUGUGCCCGGACGGCUCGGCGACGGGUGCCGCCGGCUGUGACAGAGGUCCUGAGGCGAAGGUGUCCUGCGAGGAGAUGGAGUGCCAGUUCGGGGCGUCCUGUGUGGAGGCCAACGGGCACGCCCACUGCGAAUGCCCCUCCCCCGACUGCGGAGAGGAGAACAAGACCAAGGUGUGCGGCUCCGACGGGGUCACCUACGCGGACAGGUGUCAGCUGCUGACCAUCGCCUGCCGCCAGGACAAGCUCAUCAGCGUGAAGCACCAGGGACAGUGCACAGAAACCAUCUUACACCCUGGGGCGGCCACCAGACCCACCCCCUCCCCAAAAAACACCCCCCGCGCCACACCCUCCACCGCCCACGUCAAGGUCACCAUGCCCCGCCAGGGCCACGCCUCCACGUCCCGCCUCGGGGAGAGGGCGGAGGACCAGAGGGAGAGGAACGCCCUGCCCCCCUCCUCCUGGGUGGAGGGCCUGCCGCCCCUGGGGAUCACGGAGAAACCCGGCGACCCUUCCAUCACCACCCACCGCCACACCACCCACCACCACAAACCGCCUCGCGCCACGCCCCCGUCUUCGACCCCCGCCCCCCCCCGCCGGGUGUCCCCGCCCUCCCCGUACGAGGACUCGGGGAGCGGCGAGCCCAGCGGCGACGACGACGCGGAGGGUAGCGCCGUGAUGGAGGCUAGCGGGGCGGAGCCUGUCGAACCCACGGCGGUGGCGGCGGCGACCACGCCCCCGGCGGUCGAACCCCGCUCCUCGUGUGACAACACGGCGUUCGGGUGCUGUCCCGACGGCAGGACGGCGGCCAGCAGCUCUGAGGGAACAAACUGCCCCCCCACGAUGAAGUUCAACGGCUUCCUGCACCUGGACCAGGUGGAGGGCCAGGAGGUGUUCUACACCCCGGAGAUGGAGGACCCCAAGUCGGAGCUGUUCGGGGAGACCGCCAGGAGCAUAGAGGGCGCUCUAAAUGAGUUGUUCCGGAAGUCAGACGUCCAGAAGGACUUCAAGAGUGUCCGGGUCCGGAACCUGGCUCCCAGUCACUCCAUCCUGGCUUUCGUCGAGGCGCACUUUGAUCCAGACACACGGUACUCCGUGGAGGACAUCGAGGAAGCCCUGCUCAAGCAGCUGAAGGCGGCCAAGGAGACGGCCAUCGUGGUGAAGAAGCCCGAGGAGGACAACAUACGAUUCAGUAACUACGGUCUGUCGACCCUCCCCUUCUUCACCACCACCACCACCACGUCCACGGUGACCACGCCCACUACCGCCGCCAUCUUGUCCCCCACCGCGGCCCUGACGACCCGCCGGCCCGGGACCACCCGCCGCCCGUACCCCAGCCGCAGGACCACGCCCGCCGCCCCGGCGACCACGCCCCGCGUCGCCACCACGGCCCCCCCGCCGGCUCCCCCCACCACCACCACCACCCCCACCAGGCCCAGGCCGGGACCCCUCCCCAAAAAGCUCCCCCGCCCCUGCGACUCGCACCCCUGCCGCCACGGGGGCACCUGCGAGGAGGACGGCGCCGGGGACUUCACCUGCACCUGUCCCGCCGGUCGAGGGGGCGUGGUCUGUGAGAAAGUGAUUAAGUACUUCAUCCCGUCCUUCGGGGGGCGCUCCUACUUGGCCUUCCCCACCAUGAGGGCGUACCACACGGUGCGCAUCGCCAUGGAGUUCCGCGCCUCGGAGAUGACGGGCCUGCUGCUGUUCAACGGGCAGAGCGGGAAGAAGGACUUCCUGUCCCUGGCCUUGGUCUCGGGCCAGGUGCAGCUCAGGUUUAACACAGGCUCUGGCACGGGCACGCUGCUCAGUAAGGUGCGGGUGAGGCCGGGCCGGUGGCACCAGCUGGUGGUGACGCGUAACCGGCGCAACGCCAUGCUGAGCGUGGACAACGAGCCACACGUGGAGGGCGAGAGCCCCCCCGGCACCGACGGGCUCAACCUGGACACCAACCUCUUCAUCGGGGGCGUGCCCGAGGAGCUGCUGCAAGACGUGAAGGAGAGGACGUCGGUGUCCUCGGGGCUGGUGGGCUGCGUGCGCACGCUGGACGUGAACAACAUGGUGCACAACCUGCAGGAGAAGGGCGGGGACGUGAUGUACGGCACCGCCGUGGGCGAGUGCGGGAACAACCCCUGCCAGCCCGACCCGUGCCGGAACGGGGCGCUCUGCCAGGUCCGCGAGGCCGAGAUGUUCCACUGCAAGUGCGUCAACGGGUUCUCAGGUCCGACGUGCGCCGACGCACGCAACCCAUGUGACCCCAACAGGUGCCACCCGUCCUCUCAGUGCCAGGUGCUGCCCGAGGGCGGGUACAAAUGCGACUGCCCGAUGGGACGCGAGGGAACCCACUGCGAAAGAGAGUCGCGGAAUGACAGGAGCGAGGCCUACAUGCCCUUCUUCACUGGAGACUCCUACCUGGAGCUGAAGGGCCUGCAGACGUACGGGAACGACCUGCAGCAGAAGGUCAGCCUCGCGGUGGUCUUCCUGGCCAACGACUCCAACGGCGUGAUCUUCUACAACGGCCAGAAGAACGACGGCAAGGGCGACUUCAUCUCCCUGGCGCUCAACGACGGCAUCCUGGAGUUCCGCUACGACCUCGGCAAGGGCCCGGCCGUCAUCCGGAGCAAGGAGAAGAUCAAGAUGAACGUGUGGAACACCGUGAACCUGGAGCGAGCCAAUCGCAAAGGGGAGAUCAGCGUUAACGACCGGGACCAGGUCCGAGGGGAAUCUCCGAACCAGCACACCGCUCUCAACCUGAAGGAGUCCCUGUUUGUGGGCGGAGCCCCGGACUUCAGCAAGCUCGCCAGGGCGGCCUCGCUGAAAGACGGCUUCAAGGGGGCCAUACAGAAGAUCACUCUCAUGGGCACCCCCAUCCUCAAACGAGAGAACGCUCUGCGCUCCAGCGACGUGUCCAUGUUCCCCCACCACCCCUGCACCCGGGACGUCCCGCACAACAUCUGCCAGCACGGGGGCCUCUGCACCCCGAUCCUGGACGGCUAUGAGUGUGUCUGCCAGCAUGGCUUCUCGGGGUCAAACUGUCAAAACGCUAUCAUUGAGAAGUCCGCGGGAGAGAUGGAGUCCAUCGCCUUCGACGGCCGGACGUUCAUCGAAUAUCACAAUGCCGUCACCAAGAGCGAGAAGGCGCUGCUGGUCAACAAGUUCGAGCUGAGCAUCAGGACGGAGGCGACGCACGGCCUGAUCCUGUGGAGCGGGAAGGGCGCGGAGCGCUCCGACUACAUCGCCCUGGCCGUGGUGGACGGCCGCGUGCAGAUGACCUACGACCUGGGCUCCAAGCCCGUGGUGCUGCAGUCGUCCGUGCGCGUCAACACCAACAGCUGGGUCCGCGUCAAAGCCAGCAGGGCUCUGAGAGAUGGUUCCUUGCAGGUCGGUAAUGAAGCAGCCGUCACUGGUUCGUCACCUCUUGCAGCCACACAGCUGGACACAGACGGGGCCCUCUGGUUGGGUGGCCUGGAGGAAUCGUCGGUGGCGCGCAGGCUGCCGAAGGCGUACAGCACGGGUUUCGUGGGCUGCGUGAAGGACGUGACCGUGGACGGCGUGGAGCUACACCUGGUGGAGGACGCCUUAAACAAUCCCACAAUACUACACUGUUCCGCCAAAUAGCCUGGAGCCGUCUACCCACCAACCCACCAUGUCUACUGCUGUAAUUAUUUUCUAUUUUUGUAUACUUUUCAUUGCUUUUUGUAUUGAAAAAUACAUUGUUGGGUUUUUUUUGUUUUGUUUUGUUUUGUUUUAUAUAUUUUGUUUUGUUUUUUGUUUUUUUUCACCCAUCCCUCCUGACAUGAAAUCCUUCUCCAAAUGUAUAACACAUGGUGUCGAGAAACAAACAAAAAAAAAAAACGUUAUGUACAUUAUUUUCGUCGUCUUCAAGAAAACCAUGCUCAUUACUUGAAUUGUGGCGAAAGACAUUGGUGCCGGUGUCGUCCAUUUUGCCUUCGCCUGGUGCCAUAGGUUCUUUCGGCUUCUGUGACCACAGCCUCCACGUACUACACUGUGAGCAGGUGCUGCAGAAGAGAUAUCAAAACUCCACUUUGAGAUCAUGCGCUGCAGACUAAUGUUUCGACCUCAACUUUGCAGCAAGAAAAUAAGGCAUCACUUAGUAACAAUCUUAGAAGUGUUUUUUUUUGGGGAUUUGUGUUCCCCAGAGGAAAGGACAAAGAGGUACCUUAGCUGUAGCAGAAGACUGAGCUUUCUUGCAAUGGAUGCCCCCAUGACAUACGUACCCACACACCACGUAUAGCGAUCACGCCCCUCCUAUUUAUCCGCAUAAUUUAACUUAUAAAUAUCUAUAAAUACAGUAUAUAUUUUUAUGCGUCUUUUGAAUCCAGUGCGUUAUAGAUCUUUAAAGCUAAAAUGGAAACCAUUCCAGCAAGAAUCUGUUAAAGGAAUUACAUAUCAGAAAAUAUGCAUUCAUCUUCUAUUCAUCAUUUUGCAAUUAAAAAAAAAAUAAUGUAUUGACUAUAAUGAAAAUACCUGAAACUGUGAACAGGUUACGUGCCGUUUGUUUUAGGAACUUCGUCGCUGAUAUUUUGCGUGUUAUGUUUUACAAAUAGGGGGGAAAAAAUCAGAUACAGUACUGAUCACUUGUUGCAUGCUGCUCUUAGAAUUCAUGUUAAUUGGGUCUUGAUUUUCUUUCUCUGAAUAGUGCAGUUUCAAAUUGUCUUUUUUUUCUGAGAAAAGAUGUAACUAUGUGGUGGCAUACAUUUCAAAGGAAACAUUGUGUAUUUUUAAAUAUAUGACAUUUAUGGCAUUUUAUCUGCAUGCCUGACACCAUAUUCAAGCAAGGAGACAUUGUUUUUCUUAUUUCUAUUUUUCUUAACGUUUGGUUUUUUAUUUUUCAUUAAAUUGUGCCAAAAGUUAUUAUACCCUCACACCACAAGGAGGUGCUGUAGCACAGUUUGAAGAGGAAAGAAAUGAGAGGAAGAAACUGUGAUGUUCAGAACUUCAGAAGGGGGAAAAAAAGAAUAGGAAUGAGAUACUGACAAUGUUGGAUUGGUCACAGUUGCCACAUUUUUUAAAACUGUCCACAUUUUUUAAAUUUAUUUAUGAGACAUCUGAAUUUUAAAAGCACUCUCUUUAGAAGUAAAGUGAGGUUUCACUAUAGCUAGACUCCUUGCAUCCUCCAAUCUGGGCCCUAAAAACAGUGUGAAUAUAGUCAAACUGAUAAUGAUUACAACACAAUAAAAUAACAAUGCAUGGGUUUGUAUUGUGGAGAUGAUGAUUUUAUAACUUGUAUGAAUAUAAAUGCAAUGGAAUGUGUUCUGUUGGCCCAAAGUGUGCUUUAUGACUGAAAUACGCAUUCAGGUUGAUUUUCAAAGUAAUAUUCUAACAGUGAAAGACAACAAAAAAAAAAGACACAUGCUUGUAUGUAGUAGAAUCAAUGGUCCUGUAAAGGGUAUUCAUGUUUUAUUAUGAAGUAUAUUUUUUAUUUCCCCCCCACGAGAGAUCAUUUUGUACAGCCCUGCAAUUUGAAGUGUAAAUUAGCAAUGUGUAAUUGUGGAGGUCUUUUUUUUUUAGUAUUAUACACUGGAACAAAGUCUAACUUGUCCUGGAGAAUACACUUAAGCUUACUCUUACUUUAAUGUUUCUAUGUCUCAGUGGAGGGGGGAGGGAUAAAAUAUAUUUAUGUAUCUAUAUUUUGAGUGUUAUUGGGGGGGGGGGGGGGUGUUCUCAUUUGCCAGUCUAAUGUUAGCCAAGGAGCCUGUCACUACCCCGGCACUCACCUGUACACAUGUACACUUAAAAAAAAGCAGCAUUACAGGCUAGAAAAUGUAGCUAAACCUAAUUUAAUUAUUUUUUACACAUAUUUUUUUUUGUUUUUUUUUUUUGUUUUUUCCUCUCGUGACUGAAAUAGCUGUGCAUAAAUUGACAUUUCUAUGUGCGUUUUUGAAGGCUAUUUGGAUCUGAUAACAAAUCAGCAAAUCCACUUGGGUUUUCGAAAAGAACCAGACAAGAAUAGAGACAAAACGAGCAACAACAACAAAAUAAAAACAAUGUCUGGAUGAAAAACUAAAGAAUUUGCCUUAAAACCUACAGAUCACCAGACACGGGCGACAGUUGUGCCCACACAUGUCUGUGCUCUUACUUUAGACUGUAUAUUGGUUUCAUUCACAUAAUGUAAAAUAAUACAUAAUGGUAAUAUUUAUGUUAAUAAUGAAUAAGCUCAGAGUGUCUGUGAGGUCACCCUUGUGGACAAAGACAGAAUGCCACACUUUUUUUUUUUCUCUCUUUCUAAUUUGUGUCUCCCAGUGGAUUUCCCUGCCUGGCCUUUGUACAUGUAAACUAAUAGCGAUUGAAACGUACCUGAAGGACAGUGCACAGGACAAAUGUGGCAUGACAUCUCCAUUACUAACUUUAUUACUUGUGUCUUGUGUUCCAACCACCAUGAAAUAAAAUGUAAAGAAAUCCA